CUGCUUCCCACGUUUUUUUUAUUGUACUGCAUUCUCCCCAAUCAUACCGCCCGGUUCCCUUCUUCUCCUUCCCGUUCUAUAAAUCCAAGCUUGGUUUCUCUUCAGCCAUCAUCGCAGUACGAAGCUGAAGCACGAGAGGGUUUUGUUGCUUUGCCAUGGCCGCAGCCGUCGCCGGAAGUUACAAGGAGGAGCUACCUCCGACUCUGGAUGCUACUGCGGAGCCGCCUGCUCUGUUUGAUGGAACAACGAGGUUGUACAUAGCUUACAUUUGCCCUUUUGCACAACGAACCUGGAUUGCUCGGAACUACAAGGGGUUGCAGGACAAAAUAAAGCUGGUGCCUCUUGAUCUGCAGAACAGGCCUGCCUGGUACAAGGAGAAGCUUUAUCCUGGAAAUAAGGUUCCUUCUCUCGAGCAUAACAAUGAAGUCAAGGGGGAGAGCUUGGAUUUGCUCAAGUAUAUCGAUGAGCAUUUUGAGGGUCCUUCUUUGUUUCCUGAUGAUCCGGAAAAGAAGAAGUUUGCUGAGGAGCUACUGGCUUACAGUGACUCCUUCAACGUUGCUUCAUUUCGAGACUUACCCGCAAAGGGAGAUGUCAGUGAAGAUGUUGAGGCUGCUUUCAACAAGAUAGAAGAAUCCCUUUCAAAGUUUGGUGAUGGGCCUUUCUUCCUUGGCCAAUUCAGUGCGGUGGAUAUAGCAUAUGCUCCAUUUAUUGAGAGGUUUCAACUUUUUUUAGCUGAAUUAAAGAAUUAUGACGUUACCAAGGGCAGACCCAAACUGGCACUAUGGAUUGAGGAGUUGAACAAGAUAGAUGCCUAUAGCCAAACAAAACGUGAUUCUCUAGAGUUAAUUGAUAGCGCGAAGAAGAAGUUUGGGAUCAAUUGAAGAAUUCCGCAUGUUCCUUUUCAGGUGUUUUUCUUUAAGCUGGAGGCUUAGUCAUGGAGUUUGUAUGAAAUUGCAUAUCUAGAAUCACUAUUACUAUAUUCACUGUGAAAUAAAUGAUUGGCCUCCACUAUCUAUGCUGUGCUAUUUGAGUUGUAACUGUUUGUGAAGUUUCUGCUAGUAAUGAAAAAAGUUUGAAAUUUGGUUGAUAAUUUGUGUUAUAUUGUGAUGGAAAGUGCAAAACAA